CGGCGUCACGUUCCUCAUUACCCACAGCCCCUUUUCUUGCGGUGCGAGGGAAAUCGGCGUCCUCGGGCGUACCAUUUGAGGCCAGUCACCCGCCAUGUCGACAUACCCUCCCGAGACGAACGACGGAGUCGUGACGUCUUGGGUGCCGCUCACAAGCACAUUCACACCAUCCGUAGGAUGCGAAAGUAAAUACCGUCUCAACGGGCCGAGCCUGGUGGCCUACGACCCGGGCUACGGCCUUGAUAUCGAUAGGAAUGUCAAGUGUGGACCGCCAGCCGUGACAACAUGGUGGGAACAGGGACGACUGGGCGGUGGCGAUGGUGAAGGAAACACUGCCGCCAGUCUGGGGCCGGUGACAUGCCCCAACGCGUGGACGACGGUGGCCUCACCAAUCACCGGCUCGAGCACGCAGAUCAUGUGCUGCCCGCCGUGA